GGCUUCUGGUAUAUGUCUUGUUUCCUUCUUGAUUUUCCAUGUUAUGUUAGUUUAUUGCUUCUUCUUCUUUUCUAGUUGUUAUAUAUUGUGAGGUUAUGUUUUCUCAGAUAUUCACAUCACUCUUUGGUGUGUUUUUUGCACAUUGAUCUCCUUUUCUUUCUCUUCCAUAUCCCAUCAAUGUAGUGUGCAACUCUGAAAUUUUCGGAUGAAUAUAUAAAAGAUAUCUCUUAUUAUAUUUUUCUUCUCUUUUUGUAGUUUUUAUUAAGUUAUGGGGCUACUACUCUCAAACAAUUUUGUUUGGUUAAUGACGCUGUUUUAUGGUAAAAUCUUUGCAGGUAGUAGAAACAGAGGAGAUGUACUUGAUUCUGUUGUGCAACCUAAAGGAGAGCAUAGGGUCACUAUAGUAUGGCUGCAUGAUAAGGAUGAGCAUUUCACUGAUUCAGUUCAGUUUGUGAAAAAAUUGAAUCGUAAAAACGUCAAAUGGAUAUGUCCAUCUCUCGUGUUCCCAGAUUCAUGGAACAAACCCGGAUAUAAAAUCAACCAAUAUGUUCGAGAGGCUUUAUAUCCCACAGCUGAACUUGUUAAUAAACUUUCCUUGGAAGAACCAGAAAAUGUCAUAAAAGGAGUGGGUGGUUUUGGCAUGGGUGCAGCAGUAGCUCUCCACUUUGCAACAAGUUGUGCUCUUAACCAUUAUCCUAUAAAUCCUCGAGUUGUUGUUGCAAUCAGCGGGUGGCUUGCUAAGGCAUGGUCCGUAAAAAACAGCAUAGAAUUUUAUACACUUGUUGCUAAAUCUCGUGCUGCAUUGCAGUCAAUCUUUCUUACGCAUGGAAUAGACGAUCCUGUAGUUCCUCACUCAUGUAGCUGUGGAGAAGAAGCUGCUGCGUCCCUUAUAAAUGCUGGAUUUGGAGAGGUCAGGUUCCUACCAUUAGCAAGGUUUGGACCGACUGCUCAUGAGAUCAAUCGCAGCGAAAUGGUCAAAAGCUGGUUGGAAGAGAAGCUCCCGCUCCGUGAUGAUGUGCACCCAAAACAAUGUCUACCAUAAAGACGUUCCUCUAUCUAGUGACUAGUGAUUUACUAUCGUCGUUUGUUUUAUUUGUCAUGAAAUAAAAUUAGCGUGACUACUAAGUUAUUGGUUUUUCAGACGUUAUGGUAUAUACGUAGUUUGUUUUUUCUUCUUGAUCUUUUC